AAAUAUAUAUAAAAAUAAUAAUUAAAAAAAACCUUGCUUGUUAAGCAAAACCAGAAUAAAACCUCUACAGUCGGUCCCUUGAAGGAAAAAGAAAAAAAAUCAAAGAGCGUGCAACAAAAAAAAGGAAAAUGGCGUUGCAAUGGAUGAUACUGACGUACGUGGUGGCAGCAGAGGCAGCUAUAGCGGCACUCUUAACAUUACCCUCGCCUAAGCUACUUAAGGACCGAUUGGUUUCCCUCAUCUCUCUCCUACUCCAGCCGGCUCUCUUUAUUGUUCCUUUUGCCGGAUUUCAGCUCCUGGAUAUAUAUUGGAAGAAUGAACAUCGAUUGAUGUGUGCCGGUGAGAACUGCACUGCUUCUGAAAGAGAUCGUUCUGAGAAAUCUAUUUACAAAGCUCAAAGGAAUGUGAUUCUCUGUGUUUCAGCAUGCCUUCUCUACUGGUGUGUUUAUCGUAUAUGCAAAUACUACAAGGAGAUUCAGAGUUUGGAGGAAGUGGAGAAAAGGUACAAGAACCAGUAGCCUUUCCUCAGCUAUCCAUCCCCAUUUCAUUUCUAGGGGCAGAGAAGUAGUUAUGCUGUAUUUUGUAUUGAAUAUUGACAUUACGUCUAUAAAUAUGAAUAUCAUGUAUUUGCAAGUUCCAUCUCUUAUGCAUGCCGGGCAUGUAUUUCUCCUAGCAUUAGGCUACUGCAUUUUCUCUUGGGAGAGGACAGUACGAUUUACGAACACUACUGGUUGGAAAAGUGCACCUUCUAUUUUUGA